AUGGCGCGUCGGCGACGGCCGCCUCGCCCGGGCGCCCUCGCCGAGCUCCCGCCGCUCAAGAUUCUCAGCCAGAUCGCCGCGCUCCAAGCGCUGUACUAUGCGGUGGCGCUGGUGCUGAUGCUCUUCACCGUGCUGGUCGCGGGCUCCGCGUUCAGCAUGGAGCUCAUCUUUGGCUGGGACGCCGUGCGCGGCGACACGACACAGGGGUGGCUGAUGGGCUUCGUGUGGAUACUGGACGGGGGGUUGGUGAUGGCCGUCGCGAUAGUAAUCCUUGUCGGCCGCUCCAAACUCGUGCUCGACUUCGCGCUCUCGGUACACGCCAUCCACCUCGUCGUCGUAACGUUGUACACGGGGCAGCUCCCGCGCCACACGGCAUGGUGGCUUUCGAUGGCAGCGGCGAGUGCGGUGUCAGUUGCGCUGGCCACUUGGGGCUGCCGCUACCGCCAGCUCCAGCCGAUUACGUUCGGAGGUGGCGGCGGGGCGUCGGCGGCCGGAGGGAGCACGGGACAAAACGGCGAUGCUGGGGCGGGCAGGAUGAAUGGGGAUGAGGAGGAAGGCUUCUCCCGCGGUAGAGGACGGGGGAGAGGCAGGGACGGCGCGGGCGAGUACGAGCUGACGACGCUGCCUAGCGAUGCUGGGAGGUAG